CAAACUUUUUGUGGGAAAGAAAAGAAAAGAAAAGAAAAUGUAUGUUCCACGAAUCUUUUUUCGGCCGGGAAGAUUUUUAAAAAAGUUAACCGUUCAUACAAAAGCAAUUUCUUUACAGCAAGAGUGUUGUAAUCACUAAGCAAUCCCUUUAACUAAUUGUGAAGACCCAACUAAGCCUACCCCAUUCUUUUUCAUCGUGAUCAUAUAAACAAUGCUAAAAGCAGUGUGCUUUGUGGGUUUAAUCAUACCGACUGACAGAAUCUUCUAUAGCGUGAUUGUGCGAGGUUUUGACGUUUUCAUUUGUUGACUCGUUUGUUAAGUGGAGAUCUCAAUUCACUACAAUCUCAUCCUUGACUAAGAAGGAUUUUGCGAUUCAUGCUGAGCUUUUCUAGAGUUCAAUUAUUCAUUCUUUAUUUACAAUGCCAGUAAGAUAUGAUUUGGGGAAAUUUGAGGAAGAGAAGAGAAGGAUUAGGGUUCGAUCUUUGAAGAAAAAAGCUCUGGUUGCUUCAUCAAGGUUGUCAAACUCCCUCAGAAAACGACGGGUUUCUAAUUGCCAAUUUGCACACAUUUCGAUUGAUGAUGUUCGAGAUGAGGAGGAAGAGAAGGCCGUUAAUGCAUUCCGGCAGGUCUUGAUUGAGAAAGAGUUGCUUCCAUUUUGUCAUGAUGAUUACCACACUUUAUUGAGAUUCUUGAAGGCAAGAAAGUUUGACCUUCAUAAAGCAGUCAACAUGUGGGCAGAUAUGCUCAACUGGCGAAAAGAAUAUGGUGCAGACUCCAUCACACAGGAUUUCAUUUAUGAAGAGUAUGAAGAGGUUCAAGGGUAUUAUCCUCAUGGUUAUCAUGGUGUGGAUAAAGAGGGAAGGCCUGUUUAUAUUGAAAGACUUGGAAAAGUGGAACCGAGUAAGCUUAUGAGUGUGACAACAGUGGAAAGGUUUUUAAGGUAUCAUGUACAAGGCUUUGAGAAAGCUUUUGCUGAAAAAUUUCCAGCAUGUUCUAUUUCAGCAAGAAGACAUAUCGAUUCUUUUACCACAAUAUUGGAUGUUCAUGGCAUGAACUGGAUGAGUUUUGGAAAAGUUGCAAAUGAUUUGGUCAUGCGUAUGCAGAAAAUAGAUGGUGACAACUAUCCUGAGACAUUGCAUCAGAUGUUCAUAGUAAAUGCUGGUAGUGGAUUUAAAUUACUAUGGAAUACAGCAAAAGGGUUUCUUGAUCCAAGAACAACAGCAAAAAUAAACGUUCUUGGUAAUAAAUAUCAGAAUAAGUUGUUGGAAGUUAUAGACUCAAGUCAAUUACCCGAUUUUCUUGGUGGGACAUGUUCAUGUCCAAAUGAAGGUGGAUGUCUUAGGUCAGAUAAAGGACCUUGGCAUGAUUUAGAACUCAUGAAGGUGGUCAACAAUGGAGAUUUGAGGAGAAGUUGUAGCUAUUAUGAGGAUGUUGACUUAGAGGUCAAGUCAAUUGUUUCAGAGACACCAAGCAGUAAAUUUUCAGAUGAUUUAGUAUCUAAUUCGGGAUUCGAUAGAUCAACGUCUCUUAGCCACAGGGACUAUAUAAAUAAUCUUGUAUCUAAUAGCCCUAGAUUUGAACGGAUAGUUUCUAGUACUCAGAUCGACAUUGUUCCCUCAACAGAUGAUUUGAUACAAAGAAGAAGCAUUAAAAAUGUGGUUGAUUUCGCUUACAAAGUAGUAGGAUAUAAACAUAAACCCCGGUAUGUGGAUGAAUUGAGUCCUCGGAAGGAGGACUUUUUGCAGCCAUUUGAAGAGAAGUUGAAACAAUUAGAAGAGUUGGUGUUAGCGCUUUCUAGCAAACCUUCCAAAAUUCCUCAAGAGAAAGACGAAAUUCUUGUUGAAUCUUUGAAUCGUAUAAGGUCAAUGGAGUAUGACUUGCAAAAGACAAAGAAAGCGUUAUUUGCUACGGCUUCAAAACAGAUGGAGCUUGAGGAAUCACUCGAGACUUUACGAGAGGGUGCCAUAACAGCGGCAAACUCAUGUUGGCAUGUUAUUGUUGGAGAUUCAUUGUAUUCAGCCAUAAGGAGUGACAAUUAA